CAUAUUGUUAUACCACCAACCUGUUCCUUUUUUAUUUCAAAUAUUUCUGUCAGAAAUAACGUUUUGUUCAAAGGUUUCCGUUUUGUUUCAUAUUCAUGAUAGAUUUAUUACAUUAUUUGUGCAAUAACAUAUUGUUAUGUAACACAAAAAUUUCUCUUAAUGUAAAUGUGAAAUAAAGUGUCAGCUGAAAUAAUGAACUGAAUACCAAUAAUGUGCUAUGAUUUCAAAAUAUUCACAGGUCUAAUAGCCAAAUAAUAUUGAGUAAAUAUAAUUUGUAUUACUCUUGCAGACAUAUCUCAAUCAUAGGAAGUUGCAUAAAACCAAAACUGACAGGUGUGCAGAGACUGAACACCGUGACGUCAAUUCUUUCUUUAGUCCUCCAAUCGCUGUGGAUGUCCUGCGCUACAGAUGUUGUGCCGCUCCCAGCGCAGUGCUAUCAUGAUACCGACAAAAAGCCUUUAGCACUGCAUUUUUUUUUUAAAGAAGCAAAGGUGCUCAUCUGGGACUCGAGAUUAUUGGAUAUGAAACAAUAUGAUGCUUUUUCUUUUGCGUUAUAUGUUUCUUGUUUUGAAAUAAGGGCCUCUCCUCAUCCAUCGGGAAAAUAGCUGAGAGGGAUGCCAUUUAACUGCGUAAACAUAAUGGCUUUGGCUCAGCAUCAUCGACUCAUUACGUGUAUGCUGCUGUUAUGUAUGGUGACUAGCAUUCAAACCCGGUCCUCUCAAACAUUAGACUUGAAAUCUAAAAUAUCUGGGGUGGAGGAGCUCUUAGAGGAAUUCCGCAAGCAGCUGCAACAGGACCAGACAUAUACCAGGGAGGAGGAAGAGGUGGUUGACGUCUGUCUGGCUGAUUUCAACGCCGUAGAGGAGCACAUCAUACGAGCGACUGCCUCCAUUGAGCAGGGAGCCACCUUCCUCUCGGCGCCUGACCGGGUGUACAGUUGGAAAGACUGUCUCCAUGCCUGCUGCGCAGACCCUCACUGCACGGUGGCGGUUGUCCAGGAGGACCGGAGACAGUCGGACGACAGCCUCAGCUGCUAUUUGUUCAGCUGCACCUGGGGACUGUCAUACCAUGACGGGAAGCAGAAUUGUCCAGACCGCUCGGACGAGGAUUUCUGCCAGAGCUGUGAGUCACUCAGUCUGUCUUCCUCACACUGAUAGCCAC